ACUAAUCAAGCAGAUGGCUGGUGUUAGGCCCUUAACGGAGGAGGAAAAGGAACUUAUGUCAUUAUAUGGCAAACCAAUUACCGUAUACGACAUUCUUCAAGCUUUCUCACAAGACAAGCCACGUUUCUUUCCAAGGUGUUUGAGCUACAAAAUACAGGCGAGGAAAAAUAAGAUGGAAAGUCUAGGUGAAAUAUCAAUUUACAACUAUAUGAAUUGUAACAACAUAGUACUGAAAUCCCAAGUUGUGAAACAGACUUCUUUGCCAUUUUGCCCAAUGAAAUGUGGAAGCCUCAAGGGCGUGAAACAUCAUUUGACGUCAUCCCAUGCCUUAUUUGACUUUAACUUUCGGCUGUCCGAGAAUGAUCAUCCGAACAUUUAUGUCUCCGUGAAACCUGAUGCAUUCAAAAAUGGGGUUAGUAUAUAUAAAACUACAUACCCAACAUUUUAA